CUGCAAUGCAGUAGAUGGUAAGUCACACGAUGCGAGGAGCGAAGAAGGGCGCUCUAGAAAAAUUCUAGUCCAGGGCUUGGGAGAGCUAGGGUUCUAGCGAUUGGGCAGGGGAUGAAUCGAGGUAUGGCGGCCUCCUCCUGCAUUGCGCUCCUUGGGGUGCUAGUGGCGCUGGGAUUCGCGGGAUUGGCCGCGGCCAAGGGGGGGGGCAAUGUAGAGCUCGCCGCCAAGCCCAAGAACAAGACGGUGGCCGAGAUCUUCACCAGUGAUCUCUUCGAUUUGAUGUUCAAUCACAGGAAUGAGCCGCAGACGCACGCGCAGGGAUUCUAUGACCACUACUCAUUCAUCACGGCCGCCAAAACCAUGGAGAAAGAGGGGUUUGGGGUCACUGGCGGCGAGACGGUCCAGAAGAGGGAGAUUGCGGCAUUUCUAGCUCAUGUGGCCCAUGAGACGACUUGUGGCUAUUCGGCAGCUAAAGGGGGACCUUACGCGUGGGGGCUUUGCUACAAGGAAGAACUUAGUCCACCAAAGAUCUACUGCGAGGAUAGUUUCCUCUAUCCUUGCUCCAAAGGUGUCAGCUACCAUGGACGAGGAGCUCUCCCACUCUACUGGAACUACAACUAUGGACCCGCUGCAAAGUACCUCAAGCUCGACCUCAUGAAUCACCCAGAGAUGGUUAGCGAGAACGCGACAGUGGCGUUCCAGGCGGCGAUCUUCAAGUGGAUCACUCCCGUCAAGCCCAAGCAGCCAUCUCCACACGAGGUGAUGGUCAACAAGUGGAAGCCAUCCAGGAACGACACUCUGUCGUUCAGGAGCCCCGGAUUUGGAAUGACGAUCAACAUCAUGGCUGGAGACGACGAGUGUGGCCACGGCAGCGAUCCAAAGAUGGAGGACCGGAUCGCCCACUACAACUAUUUCCUCAACAUCAUUGACAAGGACGUGGAUCCGGGCCUCAACCUCGACUGUGGAUCGCAGGGAGUUCUCAAUCCUCCCAACCCGGUCCAGUGAGCACACACACACAGGUGGAUUGCGGUACGCUCGAUCGGAAGUUCCUCUCGAUCGAAAAACCAAGCUUUAGUAGUACUGGGAGGAAUGAAUAACGAGAGAAGACUCUCGCUACCAUGCUACUGCUGCGACGAGAAUUUUAUAAGAUAGCUCUACAGGAGGAACAGGCAAGCAGGUUUGUAGAGGUAUGUGGUUGUACUGCUUGCUACACCGGAUUGAAUUCUUUGUCAAAUCAUGUGUGUAUUAAAGGUAUAGGAUUUUAAAAAGCGUCAAAUAAAGUUGGACCACCAUUUUCACUAAA